AUGGUUGACCCGCAAUUGAUAAGGACGCAUAAUGAAUUAAGGCUCGAACUAUCAAAAUUGGUGACAUCGAAUGAGCUUAGGGCUUUUCAAAUUACAACAGCCAUACUCAAACUAGGAUUAAUCAAACAAAAUCAGAUAGCCAGUAAAAAAGUAGUAAAAUCAAGUCCCAAGAAAAAGCAGAAAGGAGAGGAAACGUCCAGUCAUUAUUUUGAAAUAGAAUUAAACAAAUUGAAACAACAAUAUUCAACUGAGUCAAAAUUAAAAGAUGUCAAAUUAGAUUCAUUCAAAAAGGAAAACGAAAGAUUAAAAUCACAAAUUAAAAAAUUGAAUUCAACUAAAGACAAUAGGUCUAAAUCCUCAAAUUCUAACAGAAGUUCAAACUUUUUCAAGAGUCAAAGAAAUAGAGUACCUAGUGGAAAAUCAAUAUUUACCCCAGAUAAAUUCAAUUCAUCAAAUUCAACAAAUUUACCUUUUUACAAAAGACUGACAUUUUCAACUAUUUUUGAUGAUGAGUUAAUGACACCAAUCAAAAAGGAGAAGAAUAAGAUACACAAAUUGGAGAAUAAAUUCAAAAACAUUUUGAAUUCUUCAGCCUCGAAUGACUUAGUAACUAAAUUGAAUGACGUCAAUGAAAUUGAGGGUGGAAAAGAAGAAGACGGUGAUGAAGUUAUUUCUGUGAACAAUGGACCUAGAGCUACUUCGUCGCCAUCAGCAAUUAAGUUAAACACUAAUUCCAAAUAUAUUGAAAACUUUGAUAAUGAAGAUGAUGGUGUCAGAAGUGAAAGUGAACUGGGUAAAGAUCCAAAAGAGAAAAAAUCAAAGCCUGAUACAGAAAGUCCAUCACCGGAAUUCACUCCGCAAAGAAGGCCAAGAAUGACGAGAAGCGUGACCUCUUCAGGUGGACAAAAUACUUCGAUUGGUGCUAACUCCACAUUGACCUCACCAACAAUGUUAAUGAUGAAUAAAAGAUCGAAUAGUAUCGAUCCACACCAGUCACCAACUAAUACAAACAAAAUUAGAAGAAUUAAAAAGAUCAAACAGGUAACGAAAUCUAUUGGGUCAAAUGACAAUACCUCAAGCCAAAUCAAGAAAGAGAACUCAAUAUUUGACGAUGAAGUCUCUGACGAUGAAAUUGAGACUAGCUUUAACAUUUUGAAUAAAUUUGAAGAUUCAAAUUUCACAAACGAUGCUGCUAACACAUCAAUUGCCGUGUCGAAAAAGAUUCGAAAGUUAGAGGAUGUUGAUGACGAAACCGCAAAGGACAAUGAAGACGAACCAGUGAAGAAGAAAAGAAACGUUUUUACAAUCGAAUAA